AUGGCUACAACGAGAUAUGAAAUCGAGAAGUUUAAUGGAAAUACAGACUUUGGACUAUGGAAAGUGAAAAUUAAGGCAGUCUUGGGACAGCAGAAAGCCCUUCUGGCUAUUACAGACCCUGCAAAAUACCCUGAAACACUAACUGAUGUAGAGAAAGAGACAAUCGAGAUUGUUGACAAGGCUACUUCUGAUGCCCUCUGGAACAAACUGAACGAGAUUUAUCUCCACAAAGACCUGCCUAAUAAAGCUUUCUGGAGGAAAAGAUUUUUGACAUACAAGAUGGAUGUUGUAAAGUCCCUCACUGAUAAUUUGAACAAGUUCAAAAGACUUUCUUCUGAAUUCAAAUCAAUAGGAGACAACAUUGGGGAAGAAAAUGACGCUUUCAUAUUGCUUAACUCUCUACCAGAAUCAUUCAAAGAUGUUAACACAACCAUGAAGUAUGGUAGAGAAAGAAUCACCACAGAAGAAAUCAUUUUAGCAGUAAGGGUCAGAGAAUUAGAGUUAUAA